GCCCAGGCGGCGCGGCCGUUGGCGGCGAUCGCGUCUGCGCCUGCGCGGCGGGCCCCGCACCCCUCCUCCCCCCUGGGCGCCCCCCGGCGGCGUGUGAAUGGCGGCUUCGGCGGCGGCGGCCUCCGCGGCCACGGCGGCCUCGGCCAGCCCAGGCCCGGGCGAGGGCUCGGCGGGCGGCGAGAAGCGCGCCUCCGCCUCCGCCUCCUCGGCGGCGGCGGCUGCCUCUGCAGCGGCCUCGGCCUCGGCGUCGUCGCCCGCAGCGGGCGGCGGGGAGGCGCUGGAGCUUCUGGAGCACUGCGGCGUGUGCCGGGAGCGCCUGCGGCCCGAGCGGGAGCCGCGCCUGCUGCCCUGCUUGCACUCGGCCUGCAACGCCUGUCUCGGGCCCGCUGCGCCCACCUCCGCCAACAGCUCGGGGGACGGUGGUGCGGCAGGCGACGGCGCGGUGGUGGACUGCCCCGUGUGCAAGCAGCAGUGUUUCUCCAAAGACAUUGUGGAGAACUACUUUAUGCGUGACAGUGGCAACAAGGCCGCCACCGACGCCCAGGACGCAAACCAGUGCUGCACUAGCUGUGAGGAUAACGCGCCGGCCACCAGCUAUUGCGUGGAGUGCUCUGAGCCCCUGUGCGAGACAUGCGUGGAGGCGCACCAGCGGGUGAAGUACACCAAGGACCACACCGUGCGCUCCACCGGGCCAGCCAAGUCACGGGACGGUGAGCGCACUGUCUACUGCAACGUGCACAAGCACGAGCCCCUUGUGCUGUUCUGUGAGAGCUGCGACACCCUCACCUGCCGGGACUGCCAGCUCAAUGCCCACAAGGACCACCAGUACCAGUUCCUGGAGGAUGCAGUGAGGAACCAGCGCAAGCUCCUGGCUUCACUGGUGAAGCGCCUGGGGGACAAGCACGCGACGCUGCAGAAGAGCACCAAGGAGGUUCGCAGCUCGAUCCGCCAGGUGUCUGACGUGCAGAAGCGUGUGCAGGUGGAUGUCAAGAUGGCCAUCCUGCAGAUCAUGAAGGAGCUGAAUAAACGGGGCCGCGUGCUGGUCAACGACGCCCAGAAGGUGACCGAGGGUCAGCAGGAGCGGUUGGAACGGCAGCACUGGACCAUGACCAAGAUCCAGAAGCACCAGGAGCACAUUCUGCGCUUCGCCUCAUGGGCCCUGGAGAGUGACAACAACACUGCCCUGUUACUCUCCAAGAAGCUGAUCUACUUCCAGCUGCAUCGUGCGCUCAAGAUGAUUGUGGACCCUGUGGAGCCGCACGGCGAGAUGAAGUUCCAGUGGGACCUCAAUGCCUGGACCAAGAGUGCUGAGGCCUUCGGCAAGAUUGUGGCAGAGCGUCCUGGCACCAACUCGACUGGCCCUUCACCCAUGGCUCCCCCACGGGCACCUGGGCCCCUGAGCAAGCAGGGUGCUAGUAGCAGCCAGUCCAUGGAGGUGCAGGAAGGCUACGGUUUCGGGUCAGAUGACCCCUACUCCAGUGCAGAGCCCCACGUGUCGGGUGUGAAGCGGUCCCGCUCAGGUGAGGGCGAAGUGAGCGGCCUCAUGCGUAAGGUGCCACGGGUGAGCCUCGAGCGCCUGGACCUGGACCUGACAGCUGACAGCCAGCCACCCGUCUUCAAGGUGUUCCCAGGUAGCACCACCGAGGACUACAAUCUGAUUGUCAUCGAGCGUGGUGGCGCUGCGGCUGCUGCUGGCCCACCUGGGACUGCACCCCCUGGCGCCCCUGGGGCUCCGCCCCUCCCUGGUAUGGCCAUUGUCAAGGAAGAAGAGACUGAGGCUGCCAUUGGAGCCCCCCCUGCUGCCACCGAGGGCCCUGAAACCAAGCCUGUGCUGAUGCCCCUGACAGAGGGUCCUGGCGCUGAGGGCCCCCGCCUGGCUUCACCCAGUGGCAGCACCAGCUCGGGUCUGGAAGUGGUGGCUCCUGAGGGCGCCUCGGCCCCAGCUGGUGGCCCGGGCACCCUGGAUGAUAGCGCCACCAUCUGUCGUGUCUGCCAGAAACCAGGCGACCUGGUCAUGUGCAACCAGUGCGAGUUCUGCUUCCACCUGGACUGCCACCUGCCAGCCCUGCAGGACGUGCCAGGGGAGGAGUGGAGCUGCUCGCUCUGCCACGUGCUCCCGGACCUAAAGGAGGAGGAUGGCAGCCUCAGCCUGGAUGGGGCUGAUAGUGCUGGUGUGGUGGCCAAGCUCUCGCCAACCAACCAGCGGAAGUGUGAGCGUGUCCUGCUGGCCUUGUUCUGCCACGAGCCUUGCCGUCCCCUGCACCAGCUGGCCACUGACUCCACUUUCACCCUGGACCAGCCCGGUGGUACCCUGGACUUGACGCUGAUCCGUGCUCGCCUCCAGGAGAAGUUGUCCCCCCCUUACAGCUCCCCCCAGGAGUUUGCGCAGGACGUGGGCCGCAUGUUCAAACAGUUCAAUAAGCUGACAGAGGACAAGGCGGACGUGCAGUCCAUCAUCGGUCUGCAGCGCUUCUUCGAGACACGCAUGAACGAGGCCUUUGGUGACACCAAGUUCUCAGCAGUGCUGGUGGAGCCUCCACCUCUGAGCCUGCCGGGAGCUGGCUUGGGGGCCCCAGAGCUGCCUGGUGGUCCCAGUGAUGGCCUCUGAGGCUGGGGCCCCCAUGGCCAGCUUGGCCUGGCUCUUCUCUGUCCUGUCUCCCCCUUCCGGUGGCCUGGCUUCCACUCCCUGGUGGCCCUGUACCCCAGCCCCUCACGAUAUGGUUUUUACUUCUGUGGAUUUAAUAAAAACUUCACCAGUUUC